CCGGCCGGCAUGCACGAGGGUUGAGGAUAACCUUGGAGACUUAGUGGCAGCAUCGCCACCGUUUGCAAUCCUGAAUUAUAUAUGAAAUUGAGACAGGACAACAACGAAAUUGGACCACGCCUCUAACUCGUCGGAAAAAAGUUCAAAAAGGAUCAUACAGAAAAUCCGACCGCCUCUCUUUGUCCUCCCGAUCAAUUGUCGGUGCGGCGUCAGUUAGCGGCACCGGCCGCUGAGGGUCGAGCCCAGCCCAGACGGGUUGAGGGGCGGAUCGGGAAUGGAGGGCAAAACCGUCGGUUAAGGUGGUGGUGAGGGGGUCCUUUUGAUGGUUAAAGUGGAACAGCUAUCCGGGUACGGAGGACAUAUCAGCGGCCGCUGCUAUCUGCUCGGGUCUAAGGUUCGUCAUUCCAGAGGAGGGAGCCGCCGGAAGCCGACGAGAGGACGCGAGAGGGAAGAGAAGUGAGUGGUGGCAGAGAACCCUAACCCUAAAGGGGAGACACUGACGCUCUUCCUAUCCAAUGAUAGCUUGACACGCCCAUUUCUAAGUUGCCACGUCAGCCUCUCUCGUAUCCAAUUUCACCACCCCCCCUGAUCCCACAUCUGCUGUCCCCCCCUCUUUCUCUCUCUCUCUCUCUCGCUCGCUGGAUCUCUUUCGACGGCAUGGGAGCAGUACCGCUGGCUUUGACAGAUGGUCAGGUGCGGAUGACUUCUAGAGCUCCACGGAUCUGCUAGGGCUGGUCGCUGCUGAUGUGGAGUAGGGGACCACACAUCAACCAUGUUCAUGAGUGGGCUUGAAUCAAGUUAGUUUUUGUUGCUUAAAAACCUUUUUCUACAGUCAUGGGAUCUGGAGAAGAAGGAAAACCUUCCAAACCAGCUGCUUCAACACAGGAAACUCUAUCAACGCAUUCCUAUCCUGAUUGGGCGACACCAGUGCAGGCAUACUAUGGUUCUGGAGCUACACCUCCAAGUUUUUUCCAAUCACCUGUUCCAUCUUCUCCAAUGCCACACCCCUACUUGUGGGGAGGACAGCAUUUAAUGCCACCAUAUGGGACACCACUUCCAUACCCUGCACUUUAUGCACAUGGUGGAAUUUAUGCUCAUCCUAGCAUGACUCCGGUUCCAGUGACCUCAACUACUGAAGCAGAAGGAAAAGCCUCAGAUGAUAAAGCACGGGGUUUGGUGAAGAAGUCAAAGGGAGGAACUGGAAACUUAGGUUUUAAUUGUGGAAAAUCUGGAGAUGGUGGAAAAGCAGGAUCUGGUUCAGGAAAUGAGGGUAUCUCACACAGUGGGGAGAGUGGAAGUGAAGAUUCAUCAGAUGCCAGCGAGGAUAAUGAAAAUCGUCAUGAAAUAAGGAGAAGAGCUUUUGACCAGAUGAUAGUAGAUGGAGCAAAUGCUCAGCUAAACAGUGCUGCACAAUACAUUAGCCGAACUGGAGAAUCAUGUUUAACUGGUCAGGGUCAAACAACAGCAGUUCCUCCUGCAACUGUACCAGGAAACCCUGCUGGACCAACAACCAAUCUUAAUAUAGGGAUGGAUCUAUGGAAUGCAUCUCCAGCUGGAGCAGUAAAUGUGAAAGCAAGAUCUGCUGCAGCUGGUGUUCCACCGGCAAUUGUGCCAGCACCAAUAAUUGCACGAGAAGGGGUUCCUUCCGAUCUCUGGAUACAGGAUGAACGUGAAUUGAAGAGGCAAAGGAGAAAGCAAUCUAAUCGUGAAUCUGCAAGAAGAUCAAGGCUUCGUAAACAAGCAGAGUGCGAAGAACUAGCAGCAAAGGUGGAGCUACUGAACACUGAGAAUCAAAAUCUCCGAACUGAACUCCAGCAACUUUCUGAUGAGUGUGAGAAGCUUACAUCUGAAAAUGCAUCAAUAUUGGAACAACUGUCUCGGUAUUAUGGACCUGAAGCACUAUCUAUGUUAGAUCAAGAAAAUGCAGAUACAGUAACUUAUUCUGCUAUUAGCAACGAAGGAAAUGGACACCCGCGUGACUUAUCAAGGGGCAGCAGUUUGAUUUCUGGUCCCAAAAAUAACAAAUUUUUUAGCACCAAUGGGAAGGUCGAAUCCAGAAAAAAUUGAGGAAUUGAGAAUCAUCACGUGAAAUGAAUUGGCUGGGGAAGCUGCGGAGUAUUGACUGGACAUACUUGUCUCUUCAUGCAUGAAGCGAAGCGUUUGGUGUCUGCUUGAGAAAAACCACUGCAGGAACAUGCAUUGGUUUAUGUUAGAUAAUAUGCACUGCUGCCAGCUGAAUCGUGGAUACAGCAAGAAUCUGAAGAUAGAUUCAGAUGUUUAUGAAGGGCCACUAUUUAUUGGUUAAUGGAAGCUCACAAGCAUUCUUUCCCUCCAAUUUGAGAAUCCACUGCUAGGACGCGCUGGCUGUCAGACUCCAUGAAGGAUGAGAUUGUGAUGAGAAAUUGAAAACAUCAGAACGUGGGGAGAUGGAAAGGGAAAUAACGUAAAGUGCUGGAUGGCUUGCUGCAUUUGAUGGUCUAGCAACGAAAUGACCUUAAUCAAAUGCGAAGACUCUUCUGGGCUGCUGCGUAGACGUCUGGAGAGCAGUGAAAUAGGGUGCUCGGUUGUUAUCAGUGCCUUUCAAUAGUAAAUGGUGCGCUGAUCGGAUCAGUUGCAGAUGUUUUGAGCUUGUUUCUUAAAUCUUAAUAAUCUUGAAACGUAAACCGUUUCUUAAUCAAAGUUAAAUUGUGUUUGUUCUC